AUGCCGGUCCCCGUUCGCCCACCUGCUCGCAAGGCGCUCUCUGUUGCCGCGCAAUACUCGCGGUUGAAGCAAAUCGAUGAGAUGUACGAGCUUGAGGGGACCCAUAACGACCCUCCUCGGAUUCGUGAACUUCUCCUCGAUGUAUAUGGGUACCGAGACGAGGAUAUCACCAUUCUCAUGGAUGAUGAGAGCGGGCGAUAUGCAUGGCCUACCCGCGACAACAUCAUGAAAGCCAUGCACGAGCUUGUCGCCGAUGCUAUCCCCGGGGACCAUUUCGUGUUCCAUUUCUCUGGUCACGGAAAUCAGGUCCCGAACACAGACGGUACAGAAGUCGAUGGCUUGGAUGAAGUGAUCUGGCCUGUGGAUGUCGUGGUCCAUAGCGAUGAUUCAUUUGAUAACUACAUUAUUGACGACGAUAUCCAUGACAUCUUAGUCAACCACUUGCCUCCGGAGACCCAUUUCGUGAUGAUAUUCGAUUGCUGCCACUCCGGGACUGCUGCAGACCUUCCUUACGCAAACGAUGACUUCUGUCCUCAGACGCCGAUCUCUCCAUCAGCGCAAACGACUGUCAAGAGUGUCCACGUGCGCAAGGGGUCGGAGUCAAUGGUGCACACGCACACCGUCGACCACGACUUGGACGACGGAUUGGCUGCGGAGACUCCGGUGUCGUCACCGACCGAUAAGCUCUCUAGCAACAGGCUGAUCUCAGCUUACGACAAACGUCCUGAUGUGACAUCUUGGUCUGCCUGUACGGACGAUGAGGUGACGCUCGAGGCAGGAACUGGUGGCUUAUUCGUUCAGGCAUUCACAAAUGCUCUUCGCAACAAACCGAAGCAAUCUAACGUGGAGCUGCUGAGAUCUGUGACCCGCGAACUCGCUCGUAUCACUGCCAUUGCCAACAAGAGAAGGCCGCCUGAGUAUCCCGAUGAGUUCGUUAUAAAGCCUCAGUUGUGUGGCCUUCAUGAGCUGCCCUCCGCCAGUGGCCCAAGCGGUACCGAGAGGCGUCCCCUCACAGAGGUUAUCUCGGAGACGUUCCCCGCGUUCAAUCAUCGCUCUGCAGUCGUCGAGCCUUUCGACGCAGAGUCCAAGAGAGAUGCCGAGUUUCUCGAAAAGUUGAACAUGAUGCUCCUGGAACUGAUGCUCGACUUCCACGCUUGGUCGACCGCACGCCCCACGCACGAGAGCGACCGCACCGCCGAUGAACUCGAGCGGGAGAUCAAUGGUGUCAUGGAGGUGGAGAAAGAACAAGGCACGUCUCUCAUCGAGAAAACACGCCAGCGGCUUAACGAGUUCGUUACACGCAUCAAGCUGGCUUUGGCGGCGCUGACUGGUUUGGCUCCGUGA